AUGGAUGAUACGAAGAUUAUUUACCAUAUUGAUGACGAAGAAACCCCUUAUUUAGUUAAAAUUGCUGUGUGCCCCAGUGCAGUUACCUUGGGUGACUUUAAAAAUGCGCUUAACAGACCAAAUUAUAAGUUUUUCUUCAAGUCAGUUGAUGCAGAUUUUGGUGUUGUCAAGGAAGAGAUAACUGAAGACGAUGCUCGACUUCCUUGUUUCAAUGGAAAAGUUAUUUCAUGGCUUGUUUCUGCAGAUAGCAGCACAAAGUCUGACAACCACUCUAAUGGAACGGGUGAAAACCAUUUUCCCAGUCAAAACAAGAAUUCCACUAGUUUCAACAAAAAUCCUGACAAUGUACAUGGUGCAUCAAAAAACGAAAUUCCUAGUGAACAGGAACAUGCCAUCGGCACAACAGGUCAUGGAUUAGAAGAGUGCGAUACAUGUGUUGAAACAGACUCAGUGUAUAGCGGUGAUCGUGUUCCUCCUUUGAAAAAUUUCAACAAUUACAAACACGGUUCACGUUUGGCAAAACUUGGUCAAAGAAUUCAAAAUUACGAAACUUCUUCGUCUAUGAUGAGUUCUGAUUUGGAAUCCACAAGCUUUUUUGAUUCAGAAGAUGAAUCGAGUCGAUUUUCAACGGCAACUGGUACAACCAUGUCCUCUGCUAAAUAUGGAAGACAUAGAAGACAACGGAGGCAUCGCCGAAUUCUCCCGAUAAGACGUACUAGUGAAGAUGCUACUUCUUUUAGCAGCGUAACUGAUUCCACUAUGUCACUUAACAUAAUCACUGUUACUUUGAACAUGGAUUCAGUGAAUUUUUGGGAAUUAGUAUUGUGGGUCAAUCCAACAAGGCAGGAGAUGGUGGUAUCUAUGUAG